GCACGGGUCAUCACAGAAGCUAGCCACCCCUUCAGGAUAGUCCACGUCAACCCAUCCUGGAUGUCACUGUGCGGAUUCACCGAGGAGGAGGCGGUCGGAAAGACUCUCUCCAUUAUUCAGGGGCCUGCGACGGACUUCGAUGCCAUUCAGGAGCUGGAGAAAAACGUCAAUAGCUGCCGGUAUGCGGCAACGAUCCUGCUCAACUACAAGAAAGGAGGAGAGCCCUUCGUAAACUUCCUGCAAACGAUCCCACUGGUCAACGAGGACGGGGCUAUCACGCACUUCCUGGGGAUCUUAGAGGAUCUG